ACUCUGACGAUGUGUAUUGUUGGCUAGGCUUCAUUUCGGUAUUGUCUAGGUUACGCCAUUUAUCAAUGGUUUUGUAUCACGAAAUGCAAAGAAACGAAAUGAAUCGAUGCCAUUAACAUUCCCCGCGCGAUAAUGAUACAUAUUAAACUUUUAAAGUCGUAAAAUCCAAAGAGGAGUAAUCAAACAAUAUCACCAAUGCUGUGAAUUAGUGAGAAAUUAAGUGCUAACAAACAAACUUGAAUGAGUUGAGCGUCGAAAAGACGACACUUUGUUGUGAACUAACUAAUUUUGCUAUGUUUCUGGCUGAUGAACAGCUGCUAGUUUACAAAGCUGUGAAUUCUUGUUUACAAGAUGCUUCAGGAUUCCAGAACAGCAAGAACAAAUACAACCAGUGGAACUGGAACGGCUGGUGUCAGCAGGACUCUCACCAGGAGAAUGACAAACAAUGGAUGCUCACGAAGAUCAGAACGUAAAUAUGAAAUAGGUUCUGCUACAGAUUUUUUUAUGAAUGAUUUUGAUGAUGAAAGAACGCUUGAUGAGGAAGAAGCUAUGGAAGGAAGUGAAGACUCACAUAAUGAAUUAUCAAAUUUACAAAAAGAAAGAGACAUGCCUCUAAAAGAAUUACUUGCAAAAUACGGGUACAGUCACACAUCGACUGAUAAUUCCAACAGUUCUGAUCAGCUAGUACUGCUUCGUGAAGGAGAAGAACCUGGAUCAGGUCUCGCAUCUGAGAAAACUGGUGAAAACGAUGGAGAUGAGUUCGAAGAUGAAGAAGAAGAUGACGAAGAUGAGGAUGAUGGUGAUGAUGAUGAAGACGAAGAUGAUGAUGAAGAUGAUAGAACAGUGCGGAAAAAAAUAGGGAGUAAAUCACAGCCAAGUUUAAGACAAUUUUACACGGAAAUGGUGAAAGAAGAGGAAGCCGAACGUCUUAAUACAACAGGUAAUAAUAAAUCUACAAGUGUAAAUCAAUCAAAAAAAAGUGAAGAUGACCAUAAUGACGAUGUUUUUGACAUGUCGUAUGGAGAAGUUGGCAGAGAUACCACAGGGAACUUAGUCAGCGGGCAGAGUGGAGAUGGGCCAGCUCCUGGGAUUAAUUCCGAUAUUGGUAAUAAUACUCACAACAACGGAGAGAAUAAUUCUGGUACUGGCCGACGUAGGGAUGAUGAUGAUGAUGACGACGACGAGGAUGAUGAAGAAGAUGAUGAUGAAGAUGGUGAGGGUGCAGGAGUGGUUGGAAACACUGGGACAAGUGGUGUAGGUAGUGGUAAUGUUAGUGGUGGAUCAUCCAGACUUCUUCGAAGUGUAUCGCGUCCUCAAAGUGAAGAAGAAGAUGAUGACUGUGAUUACAGUCCUGAUGAAGAAGAGUGGAAAAAGACAAUUAUGGUUGGCAGUGAUUAUCAAGCAACCAUUCCUGAGGGCCUUUGUCGUUAUGAUGAUGCCUUGCCUUAUGAGAAUGAAGAUAAAAUUCUGUGGAAUCCAAGUUAUAUACCUGAAGAAGAAACGGAAGAAUUUCUUGAACGAGCUCAAUUACCGACAAAUAAAGUUAAUGCAUUACCAGCUGGAGCUCAUAUUCGUGAUGAUGAACAAGCUUUGUAUCUUUUGCUUCAAUGUGGAUAUAACUUAGAAGAAGCUUUACGAAGACGAAGAAUGAAUGUUUUACCUCCAACAGAUGCCAUUAGUCUAUGGUCAGAAGAAGAAUGUCAUAAUUUUGAAUCAGGAUUAAGAACUUAUGGCAAAGAUUUUCAUUUAAUUCAAAAAAAUAAAGUAAGAACACGAUCAGUUGGGGAGCUUGUUCAGUUUUAUUAUUUAUGGAAAAAAACUGAAAGACAUGAUAUUUUUACCUACAAAGCACGAUUAGAGAAGAAAAAAUAUGCUCUCCAUCCUGGAAUCACAGAUUAUAUGGAUCGAUUCCUUGAAGAGCAAGAAGGUGUACGUGAUCGCAGUAGCUCACCAAAUGUCAAUUGUUUGAUUCUUGGAGAUGUGAAACGACAGCGAACAAGUACAAAUAUGACGAAUAAUCAUGCUGAAGGCGGCAAAUCAACAGAAUCAUGGGAUGGAACGGCAAAUGAGGAUCCUCUUGGGGAUCUUAAUAAUGCUGAAAAUUUGACAAGCACGUUUCUCGAGCAAUAAGUUGACGGUCCCUCAAUGCAAGUCUUGGGCUCUUCACACCUUCUAAUGUCUGACAAAGAACCAGAACUAGGUUAACUUCUAAAGCAAGUCUUGAGUUGUUUUCAUUCAUCGAGUCAAACCAUGGAUUUGAAUCAACACGUAUUGAUUGACCAAUAUUACUGCUUUGGCCUUGCGAGCUUUGUAUGCCAUUCUUUGAUACGUGUCGUCCACCGUGAUGAGAAAACGACGUGGUCCUGGAGAGGAUUGUGUUCUCGCAGAUCAAUGGAUCAUACGGCCGUCGAAGAAGUCGUGGAUGUUCAAAUAAUCCUACAUUCGAUGUAUUUCCUGAGAUACUAAAAUAAGGAAAUGCAGGUCUUGUGAGGCUUAAAAAUCGCCGUAAAUCUUUAGAAUGAAUUUUUCUAGGGAUUUCGGGUGUGGCUCGUUCCCAUUCAAACUUUGCAGAAUCCAUACCAUCUUUUGAAGAUUGUUUUGGGAUAUUAGUUCCACCUGUGACAGUUGUAUUAGUUGAAGUUGACGAAAGAUGUGAAUUGAGAGCUUGAGUAAAAAGUUGCGUAGAACUGAUUAUUGUGCCAUAAGUAAGACUUGGUCCAGAGCUCAUUGACAUUUGUGGAGGUCCAAAGUUCAUUUCUGCUAAGGGAGUGUGCCAGAAGUUUUGUGUAUAAAUUGUGUCAACCAAUGCAUUAAGUCGCGGUGAAAAACGUACAAAACAUUGAGCACACCACCAGUUAAUGACAAUUAGUUUAUUUACAAGAAGUUUUAAUUCAUUGCUUGGUAAUUUUUCAUCACACCAAUGAAGAUCUUCAGCACUUUCUACACUUACUCCAUCAAUAAUAAAUUUCAGAAUCCUUGGACGAAGUAAAAGAUUAACUGUACUGUCAUAAAUUAAAUACAUACACUUCAUAAGUCCUUCACGAA